CUUAUAUAGUAGCAUCACAAGACAUUUUGCGACAGAGACAGGUCAACACACUUUUCACCAGAACGCUUGUUCAGGUCGACUAGAGAAAAUACAUGUCUUUAUUUCUGACAUGAAGACCCAAAUAUGGAAUAUCUUCUAUCUGACAAUGGUCUAUCUAUGGAAUGGACCUCUACCUGCAGGUGCCCAGGUCAGGCUGGUCAAUGGGAAUGGUUCCUGCUCUGGGAGAGUGGAGAUCUAUCACAACAGCCAGUGGGGAACAGUGUGUGAUGACAACUGGGAUAUGAAUGAUGCUAAGGUGGUCUGUAAACAGCUGGGCUGUGGGAGUGCUAUGAGUUCCCCAGGGUCUGCCUACUUUGGUCAGGGCACUGGGCAGAUCUGGAUGGAUGAUAUUGAAUGCUCUGGUAGUGAAAGCACACUCAGACAGUGCUCACACACUACAAAACAUAACUGCAAUCAUGGUGAAGAUGCUGGUGUUGUCUGCCUCUCAGUUGUCUUGUUACAGCCCAACAUCUCUCUCAAUGCUCCAAAUGGAGGGAUGUUCUGGGGACUUCAGGGGCCAGAGGUGACCAGGGGCCACAGCUUCUCCAUCACCUGCUCCAUUCAGCCACAGUAUCCUGGAGGCCUCUUCUAUCUGAACUUCUCAGGGUCCAACAGGACUGAAACUGAGCCAGCAGUCAACCACUCUGCCUCCUUUCACUUUCCUGUUGCAGACUAUACAGACCAGGGGAACUACAGUUGUGUUUAUGAAGUUAAUGUCUCCACCCUGUCAUUCCAUUCUACCAAGACAGAGUUGCUGACAGUCGGCAUUCAAGGUGCCCAGGUCAGGCUGGUCAAUGGGAAUGGUUCCUGCUCUGGGAGAGUGGAGAUCUAUCACAACAGCCAGUGGGGAACAGUGUGUGAUGACAACUGGGAUAUGAAUGAUGCUAAGGUGGUCUGUAAACAGCUGGGCUGUGGGAGUGCUAUGAGUUCCCCAGGGUCUGCCUACUUUGGUCAGGGCACUGGGCAGAUCUGGAUGGAUGAUAUUGAAUGCUCUGGUAGUGAAAGCACACUCAGACAGUGCUCACACACUACAAAACAUAACUGCAAUCAUGGUGAAGAUGCUGGUGUUGUCUGCCUCUCAGUUGUCUUGUUACAGCCCAACAUCUCUCUCAAUGCUCCAAAUGGAGGGAUGUUCUGGGGACUUCAGGGGCCAGAGGUGACCAGGGGCCACAGCUUCUCCAUCACCUGCUCCAUUCAGCCACAGUAUCCUGGAGGCCUCUUCUAUCUGAACUUCUCAGGGUCCAACAGGACUGAAACUGAGCCAGCAGUCAACCACUCUGCCUCCUUUCACUUUCCUGUUGCAGACUAUACAGACCAGGGGAACUACAGUUGUGUUUAUGAAGUUAAUGUCUCCACCCUGUCAUUCCAUUCUACCAAGACCGAGUUGCUGACAGUCGGCAUUCAAGGUGCCCAGGUCAGGCUGGUCAAUGGGAAUGGUUCCUGCUCUGGGAGAGUGGAGAUCUAUCACAACAGCCAGUGGGGAACAGUGUGUGAUGACAACUGGGAUAUGAAUGAUGCUAAGGUGGUCUGUAAACAGCUGGGCUGUGGGAGUGCUAUGAGUUCCCCAGGGUCUGCCUACUUUGGUCAGGGCACUGGGCAGAUCUGGAUGGAUGAUAUUGAAUGCUCUGGUAGUGAAAGCACACUCAGACAGUGCUCACACACUACAAAACAUAACUGCAAUCAUGGUGAAGAUGCUGGUGUUGUCUGCCUCUCAGUUGUCUUGUUACAGCCCAACAUCUCUCUCAAUGCUCCAAAUGGAGGGAUGUUCUGGGGACUUCAGGGGCCAGAGGUGACCAGGGGCCACAGCUUCUCCAUCACCUGCUCCAUUCAGCCACAGUAUCCUGGAGGCCUCUUCUAUCUGAACUUCUCAGGGUCCAACAGGACUGAAACUGAGCCAGCAGUCAACCACUCUGCCUCCUUUCACUUUCCUGUUGCAGACUAUACAGACCAGGGGAACUACAGUUGUGUUUAUGAAGUUAAUGUCUCCACCCUGUCAUUCCAUUCUACCAAGACUGAGUUGCUGACAGUCGGCAUUCAAGGUGCCCAGGUCAGGCUGGUCAAUGGGAAUGGUUCCUGCUCUGGGAGAGUGGAGAUCUAUCACAACAGCCAGUGGGGAACAGUGUGUGAUGACAACUGGGAUAUGAAUGAUGCUAAGGUGGUCUGUAAACAGCUGGGCUGUGGGAGUGCUAUGAGUUCCCCAGGGUCUGCCUACUUUGGUCAGGGCACUGGGCAGAUCUGGAUGGAUGAUAUUGAAUGCUCUGGUAGUGAAAGCACACUCAGACAGUGCUCACACACUACAAAACAUAACUGCAAUCAUGGUGAAGAUGCUGGUGUUGUCUGCCUCUCAGUUGUCUUGUUACAGCCCAACAUCUCUCUCAAUGCUCCAAAUGGAGGGAUGUUCUGGGGACUUCAGGGGCCAGAGGUGACCAGGGGCCACAGCUUCUCCAUCACCUGCUCCAUUCAGCCACAGUAUCCUGGAGGCCUCUUCUAUCUGAACUUCUCAGGGUCCAACAGGACUGAAACUGAGCCAGCAGUCAACCACUCUGCCUCCUUUCACUUUCCUGUUGCAGACUAUACAGACCAGGGGAACUACAGUUGUGUUUAUGAAGUUAAUGUCUCCACCCUGUCAUUCCAUUCUACCAAGACCGAGUUGCUGACAGUCGGCAUUCAAGGUGCCCAGGUCAGGCUGGUCAAUGGGAAUGGUUCCUGCUCUGGGAGAGUGGAGAUCUAUCACAACAGCCAGUGGGGAACAGUGUGUGAUGACAACUGGGAUAUGAAUGAUGCUAAGGUGGUCUGUAAACAGCUGGGCUGUGGGAGUGCUAUGAGUUCCCCAGGGUCUGCCUACUUUGGUCAGGGCACUGGGCAGAUCUGGAUGGAUGAUAUUGAAUGCUCUGGUAGUGAAAGCACACUCAGACAGUGCUCACACACUACAAAACAUAACUGCAAUCAUGGUGAAGAUGCUGGUGUUGUCUGCCUCUCAGUUGUCUUGUUACAGCCCAACAUCUCUCUCAAUGCUCCAAAUGGAGGGAUGUUCUGGGGACUUCAGGGGCCAGAGGUGACCAGGGGCCACAGCUUCUCCAUCACCUGCUCCAUUCAGCCACAGUAUCCUGGAGGCCUCUUCUAUCUGAACUUCUCAGGGUCCAACAGGACUGAAACUGAGCCAGCAGUCAACCACUCUGCCUCCUUUCACUUUCCUGUUGCAGACUAUACAGACCAGGGGAACUACAGUUGUGUUUAUGAAGUUAAUGUCUCCACCCUGUCAUUCCAUUCUACCAAGACCGAGUUGCUGACAGUCGGCAUUCAAGGUGCCCAGGUCAGGCUGGUCAAUGGGAAUGGUUCCUGCUCUGGGAGAGUGGAGAUCUAUCACAACAGCCAGUGGGGAACAGUGUGUGAUGACAACUGGGAUAUGAAUGAUGCUAAGGUGGUCUGUAAACAGCUGGGCUGUGGGAGUGCUAUGAGUUCCCCAGGGUCUGCCUACUUUGGUCAGGGCACUGGGCAGAUCUGGAUGGAUGAUAUUGAAUGCUCUGGUAGUGAAAGCACACUCAGACAGUGCUCAUACACUACAAAACAUAACUGCAAUCAUGGUGAAGAUGCUGGUGUUGUCUGCCUCUCAGUUGUCUUGUUACAGCCCAACAUCUCUCUCAAUGCUCCAAAUGGAGGGAUGUUCUGGGGACUUCAGGGGCCAGAGGUGACCAGGGGCCACAGCUUCUCCAUCACCUGCUCCAUUCAGCCACAGUAUCCUGGAGGCCUCUUCUAUCUGAACUUCUCAGGGUCCAACAGGACUGAAACUGAGCCAGCAGUCAACCACUCUGCCUCCUUUCACUUUCCUGUUGCAGACUAUACAGACCAGGGGAACUACAGUUGUGUUUAUGAAGUUAAUGUCUCCACCCUGUCAUUCCAUUCUACCAAGACCGAGUUGCUGACAGUCGGCAUUCAAGGUGCCCAGGUCAGGCUGGUCAAUGGGAAUGGUUCCUGCUCUGGGAGAGUGGAGAUCUAUCACAACAGCCAGUGGGGAACAGUGUGUGAUGACAACUGGGAUAUGAAUGAUGCUAAGGUGGUCUGUAAACAGCUGGGCUGUGGGAGUGCUAUGAGUUCCCCAGGGUCUGCCUACUUUGGUCAGGGCACUGGGCAGAUCUGGAUGGAUGAUAUUGAAUGCUCUGGUAGUGAAAGCACACUCAGACAGUGCUCACACACUACAAAACAUAACUGCAAUCAUGGUGAAGAUGCUGGUGUUGUCUGCCUCUCAGUUGUCUUGUUACAGCCCAACAUCUCUCUCAAUGCUCCAAAUGGAGGGAUGUUCUGGGGACUUCAGGGGCCAGAGGUGACCAGAGGCCACAGCUUCUCCAUCACCUGCUCCAUUCAGCCACAGUAUCCUGGAGGCCUCUUCUAUCUGAACUUCUCAGGGUCCAACAGGACUGAAACUGAGCCAGCAGUCAACCACUCUGCCUCCUUUCACUUUCCUGUUGCAGACUAUACAGACCAGGGGAACUACAGUUGUGUUUAUGAAGUUAAUGUCUCCACCCUGUCGUUCCAUUCUACCAAGACAGAGUUGCUGACAGUCGGCAUUCAAGGUGCCCAGGUCAGGCUGGUCAAUGGGAAUGGUUCCUGCUCUGGGAGAGUGGAGAUCUAUCACAACAGCCAGUGGGGAACAGUGUGUGAUGACAACUGGGAUAUGAAUGAUGCUAAGGUGGUCUGUAAACAGCUGGGCUGUGGGAGUGCUAUGAGUUCCCCAGGGUCUGCCUACUUUGGUCAGGGCACUGGGCAGAUCUGGAUGGAUGAUAUUGAAUGCUCUGGUAGUGAAAGCACACUCAGACAGUGCUCACACACUACAAAACAUAACUGCAAUCAUGGUGAAGAUGCUGGUGUUGUCUGCCUCUCAGUUGUCUUGUUACAGCCCAACAUCUCUCUCAAUGCUCCAAAUGGAGGGAUGUUCUGGGGACUUCAGGGGCCAGAGGUGACCAGGGGCCACAGCUUCUCCAUCACCUGCUCCAUUCAGCCACAGUAUCCUGGAGGCCUCUUCUAUCUGAACUUCUCAAGGUCCAACAGGACUGAAACUGAGCCAGCAGUCAACCACUCUGCCUCCUUUCACUUUCCUGUUGCAGACUAUACAGACCAGGGGAACUACAGUUGUGUUUAUGAAGUUAAUGUCUCCACCCUGUCAUUCCAUUCUACCAAGUCAGAGUUGCUGACAGUCGGCAUUCAAGCAUCCAUAGUCCCCAUUAUUUCCGCUGGUGCAAUAUGUGGGCUACUGCUCCUCCUCCUGCUGCUCAUUCCUUGUCUAUUCUGGAAGAAGAUAAGCAGCAGAGAGCAGUCUAUUAUGAUAAACCUGAGAGAAACCGCCAAUAACAUUAGCACAUAUGGAAACACUGUGGUUGCAGCGAGGGAGGAAAAUGAUGAAGAGGACUAUGUCAACGUAGAAACCUUUGUCAACAAGAGAAAAUAUGAAGACCUGAAAAAAGGAUAUGAUGCAGAAAUGUAUAUGAAAAAGGAGUUGCUUACCAGUAAAAAUAAUGAGAAUGCUCCAGGAGCCAUGAACAAGUUUGGAAACAACCAAGGUGAAGGGCCAGAGGCAAGUGAAGAAGAUGAGGCUGACUAUGAAAAUGCAGAUAUCUUCACAGAGAUGGAUUUUGCUGAAGACAUCUACGAUGAAGACAGUGAGUCUUUAGACCUGGAGCAGCUCACUUCAUGUAAAUCUGGAAGGGAGAAUGACUAUAAAGAAGAUGACAACAUAUACGCAAACAAUGAGUGAAGGCCUUGUAAUACGAAUGCUGAUGCAGAGAUAUUGAUGCCAGGAGAGACAUGAAAGGUUAGCUUUGUGAGUAGAAUUAUAAGGGCGUAAAAAAACUUUUUCAUCAAAAUGUUCACUUAGUAGAUAAGAGCAAAGGCUUUGUUUGAAUAUGAAUUAGAAUUUCAACGUAAAUAGUUUGGGUGUAUUAUUUCUAGUUGCAUUGUUUCUAGGUACUUGUAUGAGAUUUCAGACUUGACUAUGUUAUAUAUAUUUUAAAAUAAUGACAUUAUAUUUUGACAUUAUUUUUUCAGUUUAAAAAGAGUGAUUGUCUUGAUGAAUUGGCUGAACGCAUUGAACAUAAUCUAUUAUUUCAUUUUUUAAGUAAAUACAUUAAUACUUUAGACUAUUUAUCUUCUAUAACAUUCAGUGUGCUGUCAAAUAAUAGUCUGUAGCAAUGACUGGUUGUGAUGUGCUAAACUUGAGAUAUACUGUAUGACAAACUGUAAAAAAAACAAAAAAACAUUUGUACUUUGUGUGUAAAUCUAACAAGAAUUUGAUUUCAGUGUACAUUUUCAAUUAUUGUUUGUAUGGCUUUAAAGAACAUGAAAUCCAUGAACCCUGACUACUUUUUACAUUGUUAAAUUGUUAUUGUUGAUGUGAGACUUCACUAGAUACAGAUAUGGUCUUAAAAAUGUGUGGAGAUUUAAAUACAGUACAACUAUAUGGUCAACAUUUAGAAAUAGAUCUCUGGACGCAGGAUGCCAAAAUCGACCCCAACCAACAACUUUCAUUUAGAAAAAAAUGUAUUAAGCAAAGGAUUUGAUGAUGCAGAUCUUAAUUAUCGCCACAAGGAGGAAAUUGUGUCACAUCAUUCAUUAUGUCCAACACAUUGUGUGUGUGUGGUUUUGGGACCGCACAACGAUAUUAAAACAAGGAAAAUUGGGGACAUUUUGGGAACCCCACAAGGGAAAAGGCCAUUUUAGGCUUAGGGUUUAGGAUUACUAUUAGGGUUAGGUGUUAAGUGUAAGGUUAGGUUUAGGGGUUAGGAAACAUAGGAUUUUUAAUUGGAAUCAAUUAUUUGGUCCCCACAAAGAUAGUUAAACAAACGUUUGUGCGCGUGUGUUUGUACCUGCUUUCUCCUGAGUGUCAUUGAUUAUACCCGAGUGUGUGUAUGUGUGCCUGGCUAGAGGUGAGUGGGACUUUAAUGUUUGAGGGCACCUGUCAUCCAGAAGCACUCAGUAAAACUAGCUGGCCUCGCUCAGAGGCUAACCAAGGCUGACGGGACAGGGGGUAGGGCUGUGGUGGUCAUGACAUUUUGUCAGCUGGUGAUUGUCAAGCAAAUAACUGCCAUUCUCACAGUAAUUGACUGUUAAUUUACAUAAACACAUGUAGGAUCUCAUGGAUUCCACGUAUAGCCUACAAGCCAACGAUGCAGACCUUUGCAACAUCUACAUUUGAAAAAGUCGAUUAAAUCCAUGUAAUAUAGCCUACUCCAUCACAAUAAAUCCAUGUAAUAUAGUCUACGCCAUUGCAAUAAAUCCAUGUAAUAUAGUCUACACCAUCGCAAUAAAUCCAUGUAUAGCCUACACCAUCACAAUAAAUCCAUGUACAGUGGGGAGAACAAGUAUUUGAUACACUGUCGAUUUUGCAGGUUUUUCUAUCUCCAAAGUAUGUAGAGGUCUGUACUUUUUCUCAUAGGUACACUUCAACUGUGAGAGACGGAAUCUAAAACAAAAAUCCAGAAAAUCACAUUGUAUGAUUUUUAAGUAAUUAAUAAAAAACUUUACUUAUCCAGUUACGGCCCACUUCUUGGAGGCAGGCCACUCGAUUUCGUCUCUGCGUUAUAUUGGCAUCGAACAUGUCACCCUCCCUAGGAGAGGGGGUGAUCUUGAUCAUUUAUUGUAAAAACGAGAGGCUGCCUGGAUCUUUAAUUUAAAGACCCUUGCGCCCUUCGGUCUCAACGUAGACUUUGAUCUGAAGCCAUUCUUGUGAUUAUUGUGACUUUGCCAUUGUAAUUGUUUGUAAAAUUGUAUAGUCAAAUUAAUCUAUGAUUGUAUGCUAUGCAUUUGUUUGUAUGCUGUUCUUUGUAUGACAUUUUAAUAUUGAUUAUUAACCAAUGAUAUUAGGCCACUCCUGGCCAUGAUUACAGACACCUGUGUCUUUUGACACUAUAUAAACGAGUCAUCCUGCAGUGUUUGUGAUUAUACCCUGAUGAAGACAGCUUGGCUGUCGAAACGUUGGUAUUAAAUUUUUGCAUCUGA